UACCCGAAUCUGUUCCAGUUGCAUUAAGAGCAGCCGUCGGGGAAUCGUGCAACAUUUUUUGUCCACCAGGAGAAGGGAAGAUGCAAUGUGGCUUCAAUGAGGAAGAAAGAAAAUAUAAAAUGUUUCCAAGUCUAUGUGCCAUGGGAGCGUUUUCUACGUGCUUCAAAACUAAAUAUGUACCAACACCAUUGAAAUUCUGCGUCAACAACCAAUUGCAUCCCACAAGGAGGUUAUAUGGUGAAUCCUGUCCGGUAUUCUGCCCUAACCACUACCGCCCUGUGUGCGGGGCUUCAACACUGAGGUCCUAUAUAUACAAGACCUUCAAUAAUGGCUGCUACUUCGAUAUGCUGAACUGCAGAGGCGAUUCUGAUACCAGUAGCUACAUCGAAGUGCCACUGGAGUUCUGCCAGAGACAUCUCAUGAAGAAUAUUUUCAAAGAACAAGUCGUCGUAUCUGGACUCAACGACUAUAGAGAUUAUCACGAAUAUUAA